AUGUUAGAACUGAUGCUUGGUGAUGAGAAGCGGGUGCGUACUGGCCUAGCACUGGGUUUUCACUCUUCAUUUUCCAACUGUGAUGAGGAUGGCAAGAUUUGGCUGUUCUACAAGUCUGCUCGGGUUUUGAGGAGAUCUCUCUGGACAGAUCUGGCUCUUCUCUCCUCCUCGGUACAGGGCCCUUGGGCAGUAUGUGGUGACUUUAAUGCAGUAGUGGCCGACUUAGAAAGAAGAAGCCGAAGGGUUGUGGACAGAGCCUCUUCUAUUGAAUUUGCUGAUGCGAUCAAUUCCGCGGGCUUGUUAGACACGGGUUUUUCUGGGAGUCAGUUCACCUGGAGUAAUAACCAAUCCGGGAAUGCUCGCGUUUGGGCAAGGUUAGACCGGGUUCUCAUUAACGCAAGCUGGUCCAUGUCAUUCCCUCAUUUCAAAGUUUCCCAUUUGCCUCGUAUUCAUUCUGACCAUGCUCCGCUGCUCCUCUCCUUGCCUCGUCUGUUGUCUGGGGGGCCUAAACCGUUCCGUUUUCAACGUAUGUGGACCCAGCAUGAGGAGUUUCUCAAUGUGGUCAAGUUAGCUUGGAACAAGGUGAAGUCCUCUCAUCCAGUCUAUAAUGUGCUCUCCAAACUUAAGCAAGUGAAACAGGAUCUAAAAAUUUGGAACAAAGAGGUGUUUGGAAAUAUUUUCGAGCAGAUAACGCUAAUGGAGCAUCGCGCCGUCGAGUAG